AUGGAAGUACCCCCAGGUUUAGCUGUAGAUAGGCUAGGUUUGGUAUGCAAAUUGAACAAGUCCUUAUAUGGAUUGAAGCAAGCAAGCAGGCAAUGGUAUGAGAAGUUAACUGAAGCAUUCUGUUCCAGGGAAUACACACACUCUUUACUAGACUAUUCCUUGUUUUACAAGAAAUAUGGCACUUCAGUAGUAUUUGUAGCUGUUUAUGUAGAUGAUGUCCUAGUGACAAGGACUGAUUUACAAGAAAUAGAAGCACUGGCGGCUUACUUGCACAAGACUUUCAAAAUAAUGGACAUGGGAAGACCUCAUUAUUUCCUGGGACUAGAAAUCUUGUACAAGGAUGAUGGAUAUUCUGCGUUGACCUCUCCACUAGAUCCCUCAAGUAAGCUAAGUGUAGAUGAGGGGUCUCUAUUGCCUGAUCCUUCACACUUCAGAAAACUAGUGGGAAAGCUAAAUUACCUGACUAACACAAGGCUUGAUAUAUCCAAUAGUGUGCAGCAUUUGAGUCAGUACAUGCAGAGUCCUAGGGAGCCACACUUGAAAGUUGCAUAUCAUGUACUAAGGUAUCUCAAAGGUGAUCCAAACUUGGGGAUCUUUUUAUCCAACAAACAAGAUUACAAGAUUCGAGCUUUUUGUGAUUUAGACUGGGCAGCCUGCCCUGAUUUAAGAAAAUCAGUUAGUGGAUAUGUUGUAUUGCUGGGUGAUGGACCUAUCGGUUGGAAAUCUAAGAAGCAACACACUAUCUCACUGUCCUUAGCAGAAGUAGAAUACAGAGCUGCUAGACAGGUUGUGGGAGAAUUGGUGUGGUUACUCAGGCUACUCAUAGAGUUGACACCUUCCUUAACAGUCCAUGUGCCAAUCUUCUGUGAUAGCCAAGCAUCACUCCAUAUAGCCAAGAACCCUGUAUUCUAUGAACGCACAAAACAUAUAGAAGUGGACUGCCAUUUUGUGAGAGGUCAAGUACACGAGGGGCUUAUUACAUUGCACUACAUUUCCACGAAUGAGCAACUGGCAUAUAUAUUCACCAAACCUCUCACAGGAAUGAAACAUUGCAAUUUACGUAGCAAGUUGGCUGUGAGUUCCUCCCUUCCAACUUGA